CUUAAAGCCCUGACCGUCGUUCUCCGUCCUCCUCUGGGUACCAACUCUAUUGCGCAGCUCGCUGCCCUGCGUUUAACCCAGGCGAGGAGGAGGAGGAGAAAAUUCCCCCAGAUUCGGGCAGGCCCGCACCCCACAUCCCAUCCUGUUUUGAGAGGAGAAGGGAAGAGAAAUAAACGUGGCAGCGCAUAGAAGGCCAGCAGGGAGGUUGGGAAAGGGUAGCCAGGAGGCGGGGGUGGGGCAUGCAAUUUGGUAACAAUCUGGGCUGUACACUCCCACCCUGACUUUCCCCACCACCGCACCCGCACCCUCCCAUCCCCCAGCCGACCCUCUGUGCUUUGGGAGUGCUGGGAAAUGAGUGUACCAGCUGCUGUUGGAGAGGUGGCGGGUUUGGCGCUGUCUGGGCUUCACGGGAGGUUGGGGCGGGGGGGACCCUGAGAGAAUCUGGUAUUAAACCGCCUUGUUAACUCGCAGACUGCUUUCCAGACACCUCCGGCCCACACAGCCGUUCACCCCCCCGUCUUUUCAGUCCUGGAAAAGGAACUCGGGCAGUUACUGAGACUCUUGUCCUAGAUGCUGAUCCAUCCACCAGGCUUUCAUUGUCUAACGUCGACAGUCUAUAUUUCUGCUCUUCAGUCUGUCCUUAGGAUGAAGCUCUAACUGAACUGAAGUAAGGAGAAACAGCCUUGAAUCUUUGGAGGGUCUGUCUUCCUUUUGGGCUCUGUGCAACUGCAGCUACAGUGGAAAAAAGCAAACUGCUCUUGAUCCCAGAAGGCCCUGCCUAAGCCUAAACUGAAGAGCCUCACCCGGACGAGCAGGCAUCCCUUAACCUUAAGCAAGCCAGUUCCACGCCCUGGAUCAGUGAAUAACCCCAGCUGCACCAUGAGCCGCGUUCGGGAUGCUGGCUGUGUAGCGGCGGGGAUAGUGAUAGGGGCUGGUGCCUGGUACUGUGUCUACAAAUACACCAGGGGGAGAGACCAGACCAAGAAAAGAAUGGCCAAGCCCAAAAACCGGGCUGUGACUGGGACUGGAGCCAGGGCUAGAGCUGGGCUAAGAGCCGGAUUCACAAUCGACCUUGGGUCAGGAUUCAGUCCCCCAACCCCUGUCCGCGCUGAAGCAGAGGACAGGGCCCAGGAUGAAGCCUCUGCUCUGGACACAGUUGGAGCUGAGGCAGUGGCCCCAGCUGCAUCCAGCGCUGAGGCUCAGAGUGGGGCAGGCAGUCAGGCCCAAAAGGCAGAUGGAGCCGGGGUUGGGCCUAAGGCCGAAUCAGUAAUUGGGGCUGCAGUGGCUUCUACAAUACCACCACCUCCCGGGGUGACAGAGGCCCUUGGGGCUGCAGAAGCCCCUGCAAUGGCAGGGGCUCCCAAAGUGGCAGAAUCUCCCAGAGAAGCGGAGACUUCCAGGGCAGCGGUGCCUCCUGGGACAGUGGUGCCUCCUGGGACAGUGGUGCCUACCGAAGCGGCAGCACCCACUGAGGUGACCGAGAGUCCUGGGGUAGCAGCACCUACCAAGGUAGCUGAAGCUCCCGGGGUGGCAUCACCUACCGAGGCAGCUGAGGCUCCUGUGCCCGCAACGCCUACUGGGGCUGCAGAGUCUCCUGGAACUUCUGGUUCCCCUAGAACAGCGGAGGUUCCUGGAACAUCAGCUGCCAAGAAAGCAACCCCUGGGGCUCACACUGGGGCUAUACCUAAAGCCACAUCAGCGACUGGAGCGGUACCCAAAGGUGGAGCCAAGGGUGUAACCAGGUCCCGGAAUGGGGGCAAGGGCAAGGGCAAGAAAAGCAAGGUUGAAGUAGACGAACUGGGGAUGGGCUUCCGUCCUGGAGAUGGGGCUGCAGCAGCUGCUGCAGCCUCUGCUAAUGGUGGACAGGCUUUCCUGGCAGAGGUCCCUGAUUCUGAGGAAGGGGAGUCCGGGUGGACUGACACAGAGUCAGAUUCAGACUCUGAGCCCGAGACCCAGCGCAGAGGGAGGGGAAGAAGACCCGUUGCCAUGCAGAAGCGCCCCUUUCCUUAUGAAAUUGAUGAGAUUCUGGGUGUCCGCGAUCUCAGGAAGGUCCUUGCCUUGCUUCAGAAAUCUGAUGAUCCUUUCAUCCAACAGGUAGCUUUGCUCACUCUGAGCAACAAUGCCAAUUAUUCAUGCAAUCAAGAGACAAUCCGCAAAUUGGGAGGCCUCCCAAUUAUUGCAAACAUGAUCAACAAAACUGAUCCCCACAUUAAGGAAAAAGCCUUAAUGGCCAUGAAUAACCUGAGUGAGAAUUAUGAAAAUCAGGGCCGGCUUCAGGUGUACAUGAAUAAAGUGAUGGAUGAUAUCAUGGCCUCUAACCUGAACUCAGCAGUUCAAGUAGUUGGACUAAAAUUUCUAACAAACAUGACUAUUACUAAUGACUACCAACACCUGCUUGUCAAUUCCAUUGCAAACUUUUUCCGUUUGCUAUCUCAGGGAGGUGGAAAAAUCAAGGUGGAGAUUUUGAAAAUACUAUCGAAUUUUGCUGAAAAUCCAGAUAUGUUGAAGAAACUUCUCAGUACCCAAGUGCCAGCAUCAUUUAGUUCCCUCUAUAAUUCUUACGUGGAAUCAGAAAUCCUUAUUAAUGCCCUUACUCUAUUUGAGAUUAUCUAUGACAAUCUCAGAGCAGAAGUGUUUAACUAUAGAGAAUUCAAUAAAGGUUCCCUUUUUUACUUAUGCACUACAUCUGGAGUGUGUGUGAAGAAAAUUAGAGCCUUAGCAAAUCACCAUGACCUCUUAGUGAAAGUGAAAGUUAUAAAACUAGUGAACAAAUUCUGAUUGGUUAUGUACCGUCAAAAGACUUGAAGAAAUUUCAUGAUUUUGCAGUGUGGAAGCACUGAAAAUUGAAAGUGACUGCUUUUCCACUUGCUCAUAUAGUAAAGGGAUCCUUUCAGCUGCCAGUGUUGAAUAAUGUAUCAUCCAGAGUGAUGUUAUCUGUGACAGUCACCAGCUUUAAGCUGAACCAUUUUAUGAAUACCAAAUAAAUAGACCUCUUGUACUGAAAACAUAUUUGUGACUUUAAUCGUGCUACUUGGAUAGAAAUAUUUUUACUGGUUCUUCUGAAUUGACAGUAAACCUGUCCAUUAUGAAUGGCCUACUGUUCUAUUAUUUGUUUUGACUUGAAUUUAUCCACCAAAGACUUCAUUUGUGUAUCAUCAAUAAAGUUGUAUGUUUCAACUGACAAAAA